UACACGAUCGAUUUGCAUGGUGCGUGCGCAACGAACCGGUUCACUACUUUCAGUUUCAGGCGAUCGUGUUAACUGUUAAAUGGAUAGAGUUUGCUUGUACUGAAUUCCGCAGAAAUAAGUUUAUGAACAUUCGCGCAAUAGAGCACGUUUACCAUGCCAUCGAUUACUACGAUACUCGUAUGUCUUGUGGUUGUACAGGUCGGAUAUGGAGAACGAUACGAGCCGAACUGGGAAUCCUUGGACUCCAGACCACUUCCCAGUUGGUACGAUGAAUCGAAGAUCGGUAUAUUCCUACACUGGGGCGUAUUUUCCGUUCCUAGCUUCGGGUCUGCGUGGUUGUGGUACGAAUGGAAGACAGGUGUGCCAAAAUACGUCGACUUCAUGGCCAAGAACUACCGACCGGACUUCACGUACGCAGACUUUGCUCCAGACUUUACGGCAGAGCUCUUCGAUCCGAAUGAUUGGGCCGAUAUUUUCAAGGCCUCUGGGGCUAGAUACGUUGUCCUGACCAGCAAGCACCAUGAGGGCUUCACCAACUGGCCUUCGAAGUAUUCAUUCAAUUGGAAUUCUAUGGACGUGGGACCUAAACGGGACCUCGUGGGUGAACUCGCCUCUGCCAUUCGCAGCCGGGCCAAUAUUCACUACGGCCUCUACCACUCACUGUUUGAAUUCUUUCACCCUCUGUACCUACAAGACAAAGAAAACAACUUCACGACCAGGGACUUUGUGACGACCAAGGCUAUACCGGAACUGUACGAGCUGGUGUACAACUACAAACCGGAAGUGAUCUGGUCUGACGGCGACUGGGAGGCACUGGACACCUACUGGAACUCCACGGGCUUCCUGGCCUGGCUCUACAACGAAAGUCCAGUGAAAGACGUAGUAGUGACCAAUGACAGAUGGGGCGGUAACGUCCAGUGCAAACAUGGCGGCUUCCUUUCUUGUUCGGAUAGAUUUAACCCAGGAACGCUACAGAAGCGGAAGUGGGAGAACGCCAUGACGAUCGACAGAUAUGCGUGGGAGUACCGUAGAGACGUGACGCUGGCGGACAUGCUGACCAUGGAAGAGCUGCUCACUCAGGUCGCCUCCACAGUGAGCUGCGGCGGGAACAUUCUCAUCAACGUGGGUCCCACAAAGGACGGUCGGAUAGUGCCGAUAUUUGAGGAGCGCCUCCGCAGUCUGGGUCAGUGGUUGAACGUGAACGGAGCGGCCAUAUACGGGACCUCACCCUGGGUGUACCAGAACGACACCGUCACUAAACAUGUCUGGUAUACAUCGAAGAAAAAUUCACAAGGCUCAUUAGAUGUGUUCGCAAUUUUGCUGCAAUGGCCCGACCAUGGGAAGUUUUACCUUGGAAGCCCCACGCCUUCACAGAACACCACAGUUACUUUGCUAGGAUACGACACGCCGAUCAAGUGGACCGCAUCCGCCGCGCAUGAGCAAGGAAUCACUGUGCUGAUUCCCGCCAUACCGUUCAACAAGAUGCCGUGCAACUACGCAUGGGUUCUGAAGAUGCAGAACUUGGCAUAGACACGAUGCCCUGCCCUUGGUUCUGAUGAUUAUUAACGAAUGUAUACAAUUCAAACAUAACUGCAUAUUUUCUAACUACUCGUACGUGUACGAGAUAUGUUUUAUUUAUGAAAACAUAAUGCACGUUUUUGUAUCCACGUUAUACAUGCACCGCACAUUGUUUUGUUUUUUUAUUCAUUUUGAAAACUGUGUUCCUUUCUUUGAAAUUAUGUUUUGUGCAAUUUUUGUUUCGUUUAUGUAGUGGGUCUUUGCAUUUAAUGGAUACUUAUAAUUAUUUCUCACACAUAUUGUGAUCGUUUCUUAAAGUUUCUUAAUGAACGUGCAUUUUGA